AUGGUAUUUCAUUCUUGAAGUUGAUUUCGUACUCGAACGAUCAGACAAAAGUCGAAGAACAGCCAUGUUGGGUAGUGUCGGUGAAAACGGUGUAUAUUCUUAGAGAUAUAAUUUCGAUUAUUUGUGCUUGUGUUGUGCUAUUUGUUAAGUGUUUGACAUAGUUUGGAUUAUGACUGCUUUAACCGAAAAUUUAAACUGGGGCACUGAGCUCUGGGAUCAAUAUGACAAUCUGUCCCUUCAUACAUUAAAAGGAAUAGACUUUUUGGAAAAAUAUGGUCAAUUCGUAAGGGACCGUGCUACAAUAGAAUGCGAGUACGCUUCAAAAUUAAGGAGACUAGUCAAAAGUUAUCAACCUAAGAAAAAAGAUGAAGAAGAUUACCAAUUUACUUCUUGCCAGGCUUUCAAAAUGUUAAUGAACGAAGUUAACGAUUUAGCUGGUCAACACGAAUUAGUCGCCGAAGAUCUACAAGCGAAUGUUAUAAAGGAACUUACGGCGUUAGUUAAGGAUCUUAAAGAAGAACGGAAAAAACAACUACAGGAAGGUUUACGGCUAUCACAAUCUCUCCAAGCUCAAAUCGAGGCAUUACAAAGAGCGAAAAAAGCGUACGAUAAAGCGUACAAAGAAUCGGAAAAGGCGAUAGAAAGUUUUCAAAAAGCGGACGCGGAUUUUAAUUUGUCGAGAGCCGAAGUGGAAAAACAAAGAUCGAAUAUGUCACAUAAGACGCAAGCUUGUGAUUUAGCGAAAAAUGAAUACGCACAACAGUUGCAAAGAACUAACGAGCUACAGCGACAACAUUUUAGAUCCGGAUUACCGGAAGUAUUUAGGCAACUUCAAGAACUGGAUGAAAAGAGAAUAAAAAAUAUAAAAAAUUUCAUUCGCGCUUCAGUCGAUAUCGAACGUAACGUUUUCCCUAUCAUAAAUAAAUGUUUAGACGGAAUCCUCAAAGCUGCGGAUAUAAUUAACGAAAAAGAGGAUACUUUAUUAGUUAUAGAAAAAUACAAAUCUGGUUUUCAACCGCCCGAAGAUUUUCCGUUCGAAGAUUUAUCAAAAGCAGGAAGCGAUUCGGGAAGUGCUAGUAAUAUUAGUAGUAUACCAACAAGUGGUAAAGUUAAAGAAGGAAGUUAUACUGUCAAAGGAACGAUAACAAAUAAGGCGAUGAAGAAACGAGGAGGACUCUUCCAUAUAUUCGGAAGCAGAGGGAAGCUUUCGGAAGUCUGUAUGGCGAUAAAGAAUGCUGCAAUUUCUGACGGAAAGGAGGAUUUGAGCGAAUUGCCACCGAACCAGAGGCGGAAAAAAUUGAUGCUCAAAGUUGAAGAACUCAAAAACAAAGUUGCUCAAGAGACAGCGGCUAGAGACGGACUCAUGAAAAUGAAGGGUGUAUACGAGGCUAAUCCGGCGUUAGGUGAUCCUCGGACAAUAGAAAGUCAAUUGAAUGAAUGUAGCCACAGAUUAGAUAAACUUCAACAAGAUUUAGCCAGGUACCAAACUUAUUUAGAUGAUGCCAUUAAAGGAAUCCAAUCGGGAGCUAACCAUUCUUCCCUUACGAAUUCCCCUAGGUUAGUAAAUGGUACGAGAAGAAGAAAUUCUGGUGGAAGUGCAGCCGAGGAAGAAUCUUUAAGUAGAUCGGCCAGUGAUAGUAGCGUGAAUCAUAAUAACCAUAAUAAUCAUAAUCAUAGUAAACCGUCAGCUCCUGGUACCCCUCAAAUGAAUAAUCAUGGUUGUUCAAAUAGUCCCGAAAGUGGCCUUGGUACUUCGCAUACAUCCCUUCCUGGUGCUGAUUCAGACCCCGAUCAAUACGACGGACAUGGAGUCGAAAGUGAAUAUUAUGAAGCAGAUAUGCUGCCAUCUAUUGGAACCUGUAAAGCAUUGUAUCCAUUCGAAGCUACAAGCGAGGGUAGUAUCCCAAUGGCGCAAGACGAAGAACUCCACCUUAUCGAGUUGGAUCAGGGUGAUGGAUGGACGCGCGUGCGCCGUAUGUUAGGUGAUAUGGAAGGUUUUGUGCCAACUUCCUAUAUAGAAUAUUCGUUGUUUAAUACUUAAGAAUAAAAAAGAAGGAAAUAAAAGAACUAAAAAAUUUCGAUGGUAGUAACUUAAGGAUAUGAAGAGCAUCAAUUUUUUAAGAUUGAUUAUAUUUUUGUAAAUUAUUUAUGCAAUAUUUAAAAAAAAAUUGAUAGACGUUGAUAGACGGUUGAAGGUUCAUAGAGGCUUUUUUCAAAUUUAUAUUUUUUAUAAUUUUUUUCAUGUCACUAUUACCUACACAUAUCCAGCUCACAAUAUUUCAUCUGAUUCACAAUUUCUGGUAUAAAUUUACAAAAAGUAUUUUUAAAGAUAUUAUUUUUGACCUAUAAUCAUUAUAUUUAUAAAAAGUUACGACAGUCUUGUUUAGAUAAAAGUAUUCUCAAACUAUACUGCACUAUUUUUAAGAUUUCAAUUCGUUCAUAUACCUAAUUAAUUGUUAUUUGUAACAAGAAAGAUUUUAAGAGUAUAAACCAUACACUUACCCCCCAAUUAUUCAGUGUCGCAGGUUUAAAAUAAUUUUGAGUUAUGUUUUUAAAUUUAGUUUGUAAGACAAAUAAAAACAAGUAUUUUCAAACUCUUUCUUCUUUUCGAUUAAGUUGGUUUUUAGAUAAUAUUCUUUUGCCAAAACUAUGCUAAUAUAGAAAUUAUGACAGUCUUGUUAUAAAACAAAUAUUACCAUCUAUACCAUUGCUAUCUCAUCCUAUAUAUUACAAUUGUUUCUCCAAAAUGUUUUCUUCUCCAUUAAGAUGGUUUUAAAAAAAUUAUUUUGGUGUAAAAGUCUUGUUGUGAUACAUUAUGGGGACUUACGAUAUUACAAAAAUUAAAGCUCCUCUCUGAUAAAGUCUAUAGAAUAUAUCCAGUUAAUAUUUUCAGAUUUUGAUAUUGUUCCCUGAAUUAGUCGUUUUUCUUUUUGAUUGAUUGAGAUGGUUUUUGGCCAAAAUUACCCUGGUAUGAAGAUUAUGACCAUCUUGUUAUGACACAAGUAUUAUCCAGUAUUAAAAGUGUAGCGUGGAGUAAUAUAUACUUGGGCGAAAUCGCAUCAACGAGGAUUCUUUUAAAAGUUACGACAGUCUUGUUGCACUACAAGUAUUAUUCACUAUUCCAUCACUAUCUUACAAUAUAAGGUACUUAUCACUUAAGCUUUCCUCUCUGAUGAAGCUUGUAGUAUAUUGAUAUCUUAUAACCUACUCAUUAGGGUAGUUUAUUUUCGUAAAAAAAAAUUCUCACCAAGAUUGAGCUCAUAACACCAAUUUUUUCAAUGGUAAAACUUUAUAUUCAAAUUGUAAGUACUUAAAAUUGAUAUUAAGAACUCAAACUUGGUGAGAAUUUUUUUUCUAUAUGUAUAUUUUGCUUGAGCACCGAAAAAAACAUUGUUUUUGGAUCAAUUACUCAUGUUUCUUCAAUCAGCUCAGAUUUUUUAGCGUUGAACUGUGAUAUUUUUGAGUUGUGUCUUUAUUGAUCAAAUCGAUUACAUCUACUCAUAGAAAUGCUAUUAUUUUAUAAAUUUAAAUAUUAACAUAUUUACAUAAUUAACUUUCUCCGUAAAAUAUACUCUUAAUUAAUAAUUUUCUCUUUCUUUACGCAAGUUUUUGAGAAAGUCUCUACAAACCUCGACGACCUGACGCAAUAUUCUCUUCUGUUUGUAUGUACAUUUAUAAUAUUUUUAUAAAUUAGCUAAUAAAUGAAAAAAUAUAUAUAUUUACUUUUUUUUAAUUUUCUUUUCUAAGUGUUUACGUUAUUCUUUGUUUUAUUGAACAAUAUAAAAACUCGAGAUCAAAGUAUUUCUUAGUCAUAUAUUUAUAAUGUGUUGCUUAUAUGCCAAGUAAAGUAUCUAAAUCAAAGGGGAGAGUGCGAAAUACUACUGUAUAAUCAAUUUUUUAUCGACUCUGUAUAAAGAAAAUUUAAAUUUUAUCAAACGCUGCUUUUCACAUUCCUUCUUAACUAAAUCAUGUUUAUUUCAAUGUUGUAAUGCAUUUCGCAACCAAUGAUUAACAUUUUAGUAUUUUGGAAUCUCCCUCUAACUCAUUAUUAUUAUUAUUAUUGAGAAUAUGUGGCUUAGCGCAAUUAUUUAGUUCCUACGAAAGGAACUUAGCUGUUGUUUAGUGAAUAUGGGAUUGAUAUUAAUUUUAUAACCUUAAAACAAUUAAAAUUUACGCUUAACUAAUUUAUCAUUAAUUAGUUUCCACCUGAUAUUACAGCUUGAUGUAAGCUUUGAUUUUCCGCACACUUUGUCUCUAGCUUUUCUUAUUACUUUGAGAAUAAAGUAUUUGACAAGUGGUUUAAAUGAUUUAUGUCAUGCAAAAUUAUUAUAUUUUAUAUUAUCAUAUUUAAAAUCAAUUUUUAAAGUUUUUGGUUUAAACUUACCGCUAAAAAACGCUCAUUAUCAAUAUUAUGAUGCAAUGAGUCAGUACAUAGUAAACUUGUGAAUAGUUAACGGCAUUCUUUACUGUUUAUUUAUUUUUGUGUCAUAAAAUAUGUUAUCAGUGGUAUUUAGUGCCUCAGUGUACUGAUACUUUCUUAAAAACAGCAUUAAAAUAACGAAAAAAGUGGUUACAUCUUGUUUGAACAAAUCCAUGUAACUUGUGUUAUAACUCCAAUUAAUAUUUGUGUAAUGUAAGUAUUAAUUGUUAUAUUUAUUUUUCUAACCUUAAAAUAAAUUGAAAUAAUGAACUUAACCUAAGUAACCGAAAUAUCAUAACUUUAACGUUAAUAAAUAAAAGAACAAUCCAUCAAGCAAAUAAUUAUAUACAUACAUUGAAAUUUUAACGUUUAUAAAUUUAACAGCACAGAAAUAAUAGGCUACAAAGAAGCCUGCCACCAUAAUUGCAUCUAGUAUUAACAUCUAUCUACUUUUUAUUGUAAAUCUUUUUAAUUCAAAAUAAAAAUACUUAAGAAAAAACUUAAAUUAGUUAUAAACUUACAUAUAACCCAAAAAAAAUAAAGUUAUUAAUUCACUGAUAGUCGAAACAAAGUAAAUCAUAAGGAAUCAGGAGUUUACUAUUUAGUGACGUCACUAGCAGAUUACUGUUUAAAUUAAUGAAUUUCUUUCAUUAUUAUUAUAAUUUUUAACAAAUAUUAAAGAAAAAAACUUUUGAGAAUUUUAGCAAUAAAUAAAAAUCUGAAUAAUUUUAUUUUUUACCUCUGGCAAAUACCGUAUUCUCUUUAGCUUUUGGGAAUUGAGCCCGCUGAUCAUGCUGGAUUUUCCGAAAAUGUGAAUUAUUUUGUAAUCAUAUCCUCUCAUCAUCAUCAUCAUAAAAUAUUUUUAUUACUUUUUUUUUCAAAUCCGUGAAGUAUUUUUUAUCUGCCGUAGUCUUAAAUCCAUGUCUCAUUACCAUAGGUUACAACUUCUCUAAUAAUCGCUUAUUCAGUUUAAUGUAUCAAUGUAGUUCUGGUAUCUAUAAAUAUUCCAUGUACUUAUCUGUAAUUUACUCUACCGUAGGAAUAUAGGUAAUAUUUCUACUCCAUUUGGUUUCAAUUUUUGCUUCCUGUUUAGCCCGUCUCCAAUUCAAUCCUAUUUUUUUCAAGUUGUUUGCCAUUUCCGUAUUCCAUUUUCUUCAGGGUCUUCUUUUUAAUUCAUUUUCGUUUCUCAUAUCACCUUAACUGAUCUGUCUUCAAUCUUACCAAACCAUCUCAACUUUUGUUUAAUUUUUUGCACUACACUCAAUAAGUUUAAUUCACAUCUAAUUAUGUCAUUCCUUAUUUAAUCUAGUCUUUUAACCUUUGCUAUUUUUCUCAGAAUCUUCAUUUCAUACGUUAUUAUUUCCUGCUUCAAUAUGUUGGUUAACAAAUUUGCAACCAUUGAUCAGUAUUUAUAGUGGUACAAACUAGUAGAUUUUCAUUUUGUAUUUGUAAAUUCUUCCAUCUGGGCUUAAAAUUCUUUUCAGAUACUUAAGCUUGUUAAACUCUUCUUUUCAUGUUAUUAUACUAUCACAAUUAUUUCUUCUGGUAUGUUUGAUAGUUCCAUUAAUUCAUUCAGUAAUAUUACAUUUCUUUAUUUCACUUUUGUAUCUUAUUUUUGUUUAUUUUGGCUUUUGGCAUGAUACUCUAGUUAACGCUCUUCUUUUUGUACUUUUACAGUUUCUUCUGGUACGUUUGAUAUUUUCAUUAUUUCUGUCUUUUAUAUAUUCAUCCUCAGUUAGUAUUGUUCCAAUUCUCACUUCAAUUCUGGAACUUUUUUUUUUUGGUUAUUUUGGUUUCCCAUAACAACUUAAAUGUUCUGUCCUCUUUCAUUCUUACUUAAAUCACCUCAACCGUUGCUCUAUUUUUCUUUUUCGUCAAUUCUUCUAUUAGGUCUUACAAUUAUUUUUAACUUGUUAAAGCUCUUCUUUUCAUGUUAUUGUACUUUCACAGUUAUUUCUUCUGGUAUGUUUGAUAUUUUAAUUAUUUCUGUCUUUUGCAGUCCAUAUUGUUUCAUUCCUUUGCUCCACUUCUCUUUUGCAGCAUUACGAUUUCCAAUUGUUUUUGUCUGGUACAUUUUUAAGUUUUAUUCAGCUUCCUAUAGACACUGUGUGGUUAUGUAAAAAAAUCGAAGGACAUUGACUUUUGUUUAAUAACAAAGUUGUGCUAUUGAAUGCAUAAUAAUUGGUCUUUAAGCUCUGAUUGAAUUCAUUAAUUCAUUAAUUAAAAUAGCUCUUUUCAUUAAUCAUCGAUACUUGUUUAGUCGAAUAAGUCGUACUAUUGAGUUGAAAUUUCUGGAACCGUUGGUGAUAAUCUUACUGAACACACUGUUUACACCACCACUACACCAACA